AUGAAAUGCCACGCCCAAAAGAACGACAAAUCAGCUCCUGCCAAUGCUUCAUCACGGAGGAACACCAUCUCAGAAGGCGUCCCACCUCAGCCUUCUCAGGAUGAAUUCAACCUCAACUCUCCUGGCACUCUCGCCAGCGGACCCCAUACGGGUAUCCCUUUGAUGCAGAUUCUCUCCCCCAGCAACUAUCUCUCUCAGACGGGGAAUGAUCCCUCUCAACCUCCCAGACAAUCUUCGAUAGAUGUCUCUAACCCUUUUCUCGAUUCCUCGUCGAAUCCCGGAAAUGCUCUUAACAUCCAGCUCCCUGGGUCGGCAUGGACGAUGCCUUCCCCCAUCGCCACCGUGAACAACAAGACGUCCAGUUCCUCGCACGGUCAGAAACAUUCUCCAUCGCAGAACAGCGGCGAAGUGUCGGCCUUUGAAACUUCGGCGACCAGCCCUCAUAAUCCUGGACAGACUCCCAGAUCCGAGAUCGUGCCCAACCAAUAUUCGGACAGCCGCAUUGACUGGCUUCCUCAACCGGACAAUUCCAGCACCAGCAACUUUCACGAUCCUUUCCAGAUGUGGUUGUUUCCUUCGCUGGGUGACUUGGAUCAAUCUCCCGACUUCCUGCAAACGUAUGGCAUCCCUGACCCUCAGCAGCCAUACCAGGACUCAAAAGAUUUGGUCAACGGUAAGCCUUACGACCCUGUGGACAGGACGAAAAAUAUCGCCAAGGUCCCACGGGAACGCUUCUCUAGAGUCCAGCGGUGUUGGAACCCGCGUCCAGGCCGCGUGCAUCGUAUCAUGCCAGUUCUCUGGAGAGAAGUCGCUACAUCACCAAUGGACAAUCUCUUCUCAGAGUCGCCUAUUGCAGAUGAUUUUCGGACCGCGUCAAACUGGGGUCUCGACACUGAAUGUCGAGUUCGACUCAGAGAUACCUUUCGCACUCCUGCCCCGUCGACAUACCACUCUCCCAAACUGCAAGCAGUUGUGGAUCCAGCUCUCUCUUCACAACCAACGAACGAAGAAUUCCCUCCUGCCGAAAUCCUCGAUAUUGCGUUAGGCCUUUUUUUCCGCCGAUUUCAUCCCACUGUCCCAUUUAUUCACGUUGCGACGUUUUCCGUUCGCACUACCCCUGCCCCCAUGCUAUUCGCCAUAUGUCUUAUUGGUUUGAGUAUUCUGGGAACUACCGGCGCUACCAGAUUUGUGUCGAAGAUGUUCCCCAGCUUUUUACAACGCGUUUGUAAUGAUUUAUCAGCCUGUGCAGGAUGUUCCGCAACACCGACGCAGCAAAUGGUCCUGUUUGCGACAGGUCUGCUGACGUUGAAUCUCUCUGUUAUCACUGGGGAUAAAGAUUGCGUCAACCAGAGCCAGAUGCUUUAUGUCAGCCUGUUGGCUAUGGUUCAACAGAACGGAUUGUUCGCGGCCGGUGAUGGGCAGUCUUUGGAUGCUCUGCUGUCCGAAAUGUCGGAAUCAGACGAUCGUUGGAAAGCGUGGAGCCGAAUAGAGUCGGCGAAGCGUCUGAUUCUGGGACUGCUGCUGUGUGAUUCGUGGUUCGCGAACUUGUUGUCAAAGGCGCCGAUUGUGAGAUCGGAAUCCGUGUGUGUUGUGGCGCCCUGCGACGAAGCGCUCUUCCAGGCUCAGUCCGCCACCCAAUGGCAAUCUCUGUUGCGCAGCGGAAAGAGCCAAAGUGCGCCAACAUUCAGGAUUGAGGACCUCCAUAAGCAUGAUAUGGCACCAAUUGCCAAGCUAGGAUAUCUGGGGCGAUCUUCACUACUUGCAUUACUGCAGAUCCAAGUUCUGGAAGCUUAUCAACGGCUCAUGCCGCCGGAUCAGUUGACCAUUGGGUCAUACAUCCCCUGGCAUGUCUAUGCAGGUGAUGCACGCGCCAGCACACUCGUACCGGCAGUCCUCGCGGCUACACACACGGCAGGCCCGCUUUCGCAAGUUGACGACACGAAUUGCGUUGUCCUCUGGCACAGUCUCUGUGUCAUGCUCUUGGCGGACUUUCGCAUGUUUGAGUUGGCGGCCGGUCGACAAGGAGCUGCUCCUGCGACGGGCGCAUUGGAGAAUAUCUCGCAAUGGAGCCAAACUCAGGCGGCGCGCAGAGCCUGUGUUCACGCAGCGCAGAACUUCAAACUCAUGUCUGAACGCCGGGUCAGCGACAAUGUGACCAUCCAUAGCGUAACAGCGCUCUUCGCGUCGGCACUCGUCCUCGGUCUCUAUCUCUUCAUGGUCAACCCGAGCUCGGGUCGACAGGGCACAGCGCCCGUUGAGCUUAUGGACGCAGAACCCGACUGGGCUGAGCUGGGUGAUAUGGGGUUCAAAGACGAAAGCCUGGACCCUGCAACGGCCGAACGAAAUCUCACCACGAACCGCGAGGACGAACAUUUCAGUUUGGUGUAUCAGUUUGUCAAAUAUGGCGGCGCCUUGUCUCUAGGUGGGGUAGCACACAGUGGUGGCUACGAGGGUGCCAGGAGGGUAUUGUUGGACUUUGCAAACCUGAUGGACGGGAUCAGUGGGAGGAGGUUACGGACGUUUACGCAGGUGCUGCAUAUCAUGAGUGAUGAUUUGAUGAAUGUGGAUCCGGCAUUGUAG